AUGCCGAUGCUUCGCCUUCUCUUCUGCUGGACGCUCGCGGUGCUGCUUUUGCACCCGCUGGAAGCGGCAACCAGCGCUAGCACCCUCACGCUCGCCACCUGCGACGACGCUGCUUGCCUCCAUGCGAACGCCACCAAAACCGGUGUUGUCCUCUUCAACACGACACUGACAACCGUGAACGCGUCGAGAUUGCACAUUGGCCGUGUGACGAGCCUGCCACGCAAUGUCACAAGCCUGGAUCUCUCUCAGAACGCCCUCUCGUCGCUCGCUGGCGACGCGUAUACGUCGCUAACAUUUCUGAAUCUGAGCCAGAACGCGUUCCAGUCGACGAGCGCGCUGUCGCUGCCGACCUCGAUUCGCAUCUUGGAUUUGAGCGACAACAAUGUGAGCUACCUUGAUGCGACCACAUGGGACUGGCAGCGGUAUCCGUCCCUCUCCACAUUACUACUGCGAAGCAACAACCUCACGCGGCUCGAGUGCAACAAAUUUCCAGCUUCGAUUACCGAAAUUGACCUCUCGGGCAACCCGCUGGUGUCGUUUACCAUGGACCAAGCUACGUACUCUGAGCUUCUCGCCCGACCCGUCAGUAUACGCGUCGACAACACGGCGGGCAUUAUCAAGAGCUGCCGUGGGAGUCCCCUUCCGCUCCACGGCACGGUCGUCUGCGUUGGCUCGCGGUCCACGACCAGCACGUCCCGCGCUUCCCAAGGCUACGUGCUGCAGUAUUUGCUCAUCAUGCUCGCAGUGACCAUUGCGCUCUUGGUGGUGGUGCAAUAUCGCAAGCGCCGUGCGCGCGCCGAUGCCAACGACGACCCGGAGAUGCUUCGCGCCACGUGCACGAGCUCCGUUUUGUACGAACACGACCCGCUUCAACUCGUGACGCCAUGGCUGCCGCAUGACAAAGACGCUUGCGACGCCAACGACCGGUCGCACGAUGGGUCGCGCGUGUGAUCUUGGUGUUUAAUUAAUUUAUCGUAAUAAAAUGUAGUGAUGACCAUGGA